UCUGUGAAAGGCUUAAAGGAAAACUGGCAGAAGUGGUGCGAUGAACACCAGGAGUACCAGAAGCACAACCCCUUCAGUCAGGACAUCAGGCCCAGCGCGAUGGUCCCUCAGAGAGGGAAGGAUGACUAUGGGAGACCACUGCAGGGCUCCAUGACGGCGCAGCGAGGGAAGGACGCGUACACACACAUGAGCAAAGAGCUUGAGGAGCUGUGUGACGUGAUGAAAAAUAUUGGACACCCUGGAGAUGAAGAAGGGGAUGGAAGCAGCAGCGAUGGGAGAGUCAUCGCUGUGGAAUUUGGGGAACUGUUUGAGCAUUAUGUGACAGUUUCUAAUAAACUAGUGGGGAUCCUUUUAAGAGCGAGGAAGCAGGGGCUGGUUGACUUUGAGGGGGAGAUGUUGUGGCAGGGGAGGGACGACCAUGCAGUUAUCACUCUGCUGCAGUGAUCAGAAACUGUGGUAUUUAGAUAGGAGGAGGACUGCACUCAUUGUAAAUUAGUUACAUAAGGCACUCUUCAUAGAAAAAGAAUAGAUGUUCUUUUCAGUUGCUGACAAUCCAGAACAGAUGUAUUGUAUCUUUGUCCAGCAUCAACUGAAAAACUAUGCACGUUUUAAAAGGCCAAGCUAUUUGUGCCUAAAAUGCAAGGGCAUCAGACAAAUAUGCAAAUUUUAAGCACAAAUGAAGAGAAAAAUUGGUCUCAGGUUGAAACUUGACAAUAGAGAUAUGACAGAAAUACUAUUAUUUGGGGGAGUUAACCCCUUUAUAUGCUUUCCAGGGUGGUUUACAUCAUUUUAUCAUCUCGCCAAAUCAGGUAUUUUCCCACAUUACAAAAAUAGUGAAGGAAAGACGGGGAAAAAAGAUGUGUUCAGUUGCUGGGGAUGAGUUCUAGGUGGUUAAUGAGUCUGAGGCAAGGAGAACAUGAAGCUGCCUGUGACAGACAAUAUGGUGCUAUAGGA